AUGUAUUAUAAAUACCUAAUUCUGGUAGUUCUUUUAUUUUUAUUGGGGAGCUGGGGGAUAAUUUUAAAUCGAGGACAUUUUAUUAUUAUGAUUGUUUCCAUUGAGCUGGUUUUAUUAUCUACUUUUUUUUUCUUUUUAAUAAAUUCUAAAGAAAUUGAUGUUUUAAUAGAACAAGUGUAUAUGAUAAUGGGUUUAACAAUUGCGGCCGCGGAGUCUUCAAUUGGUCUAGCUAUUUUGGUUGCUUAUUAUCGUAUUCGAGGGACAAUCGUUUUAAAAUCUUUUAGUUCUUUACGAGGUUAA